GUGGGGCAUCCAGGAAGUUCUGCUCCGAAAGACAAAGGACGAGGCCAUAGUGGAGAGUUCGAGAGGAAAGGACUGAGCGCGGUCGCUAAAGUCUUCCAAUCCUGUGUUGCAAUCAUGGCAGAUAUGGCCAGAGAUACCACUGAAGUUGACUAUCCAACAAUUUUUCAAAGUAUUGAUCAAAUGGAUCCAAGUCUCGAAUACAACAUGAAACACCGCAGGCGAGGGACUGCCCUAAUCUUCAAUCAUGAACACUUUUACUGGUAUCUGGGUUUGCCCAGCAGAGGAGGUACUAACGCUGACAAAAUGAACCUGGAAAGAAGGUUACGAGAUCUGGGCUUUGAUGUGUCUACUUACGACAAUCUCAAAUCAAUAGACAUCAUGGAGAUAAUUCACAAAGAGGCCACUUCAGAUCAUUCUGAUGCAGAUUGCUUCUUAUGCAUCUUCCUCAGUCACGGGGAGAACAAUCAUGUUUUCGCUUAUGAUGGAAAGAUAAACCUACAGGACAUAACUGCCCGUUUUAGAGGAGACAAGUGCUCUUCUCUGGUUGGAAAACCCAAGAUAUUCAUAAUUCAGGCAUGUCGAGGGGACAAGCAUGAUGAUCCAGUGAUGCCCAAAGAUGAGGUGGAUUCAGUUUGUGAAAGCCGAGCAGAAAACGAGGUUGUUGUUGAUGCUGGAACGAUGCACACUCUACCAGCUGGCGCCGAUUUCGUCAUGUGCUACUCAGUAGCUGAAGGUUUCUACUCUCAUCGAGAAACCAUAAAUGGUUCCUGGUACAUUCAGGAUCUUUGCAAGGCAAUCGAAACCUAUGGCUCACAGUUUGAGUUCACAGAACUUCUCACCCUGGUGAAUAGGAAGGUGUCACAGCGAAGUGUGCUUAACUGUGCUGAUCGUACUGCAAUAGGGAAGAAACAAAUCCCCUGCUUCUCUUCGAUGCUUACAAAGAAAUUGUAUUUCAAACCAAAAACUUCAUAGCCAUUAAUAAUUUGUUUGCUUAGGUGUCUGUUUUAUUUGGGCAGAUGAGGAAAUUGGAAAGUUAUUAAAUCAUUGUGUGAUUUUAAACCUGCGCUUUUGUAGAAUGAAUUUUGAAACGUUAUAUUUAAAGGGCUAUUGGAUGUGCAACUGUGAACAUAAAACAAUGAACAGCAAAACUGACAGUCAACUAAUACAAAUAUUUUGGCCGUGAUAACUACAAUUGUACAAUCAUAAAAUAUGAUUUACGUAGUUGGUUUACUAAGAGCUGUCUUGUGCUUCCAUCAAGUCAUAAGAACGUUUAGUUAGAAUUAUGUCAAUCUUUAAAAAUAAUUAAAAUUAUAUGGCUGUACCAUUUUUGAUUAAAACUGGGUGUAGUGUGCUGCUCAAAUAGACAUCUGCUCGUCUCCAAAACUUCUGAAGGGCAAUUAAAUAAUGCUUUUAGAUAUGAUCACAUAGUAGUCUUGUCUUCAUACAGUAAGUUAAUUUUAGAAAUGAACUAAGGGAGUUUUAAAAAAAAUAAUGAAAGAUAUUUUUUCUACCCAGCGUUUUUUUUAAAUCUAGUUAUUUUUGUAGAUCUGGUGCUUAUUCUAUUUUCUUCC